AUGGCUCAGGCAGAGACAAGUCAACUUGGACAACCUGCCCGUCCACCAUGGUCGUCUUACGUGCGGCACUUGUUCACCACGGCCACUCGGCCUACGAUAUCGUAUGACGCAAGCAAGCUACCCGAAAAGGCGCGCGAGGCCACGAAAGAUAAUCAGGCUGCCUUCAUGUACACGUUCGGCUCCGCUGGGUUGAGCUCAACCGAGCAUGCAAACCGAACAGCGCUCGAACACUGGCGCCUUGUUCCACGCAUGUUGCGCGACGCGACUGCGCGCAACCUCGACGUGACGAUCUUUGGGGUAAAGCACCGUUCUCCCAUCUUCAUUGGCCCGGUUGGAGUCCAAGGGCUCUUGCACCCAGACGGAGAGCUCGCAUCUGCUCGCGCUGCGGCGUCUGUCGGUAUUCCGUUCACUAUGAGCACUGCCAGCACUCGCACCAUAGAACAAAUUGCCGAAGCUAACGGCGACAGUCACCGCUGGUACCAACUCUACUGGCCAGUUUCCGACAAUAUCACUCUGUCACUGCUCUCGCGCGCGAAGAAGGCCGGAUACACUACUCUCGUCGUGACCUUGGACACCAUGCUCCUGGGCUGGCGCACGCACGAUUUGGACAUCGGUUACCUACCCUUCAUUGCUGGCGCCGGUAAUGCCGUGGGCACUUCCGACCCGGCGUUCAUGGCCUCUCUGGGCUUCGAACCCGAGCCCGAACCUCCAAACUACUUCCCAUUCGAUCAUGAGCAGCACAGGGCGUUGCUCGCUUCAGGCGACGAAACCGCUAAGCGCGCUGCCUAUAUCGGCCAGGAGUGGAUCAAAGAGGCUAGCUCAGGCAAGUUCAGGACUUGGUCCGAUCUGAAGUUCCUCCGCGACAACUGGGAGGGCCCGCUCGUCUUGAAGGGUAUCUUGUCGGUCGCGGAUGCCCAUGCCGCUAUGGAUGCUGGCGUGGACGGCAUUGUCGUGUCCAACCACGGCGGACGUCAAGUGGACGGCGCCAUUCCGUCGUUCCUCGCGCUGGAGCAUAUAACUGCGGACGAGCGCGUCAAGCAAGCUCAACAGGCUGGCAAGUUCACGGUCCUAUUCGACUCCGGCAUUCGUACUGGCGCGGACGUCGUCAAAGCUCUUGCUAUGGGCGCGCAGGCCGUUUUGGUUGCUCGACCUUUCAUGUACGCGCUUGCGAUCUCAGGUCAGCAGGGUGUGGAGGAGGUCCUCCGCGGACUGCUCGCUGAUACGGAGAUCACGCUUGGAUUAUGCGGUUACAAGAGCGUGGAAGAGAUAUGGGGUAAGCGCGAAGAGGCCAUGAUAAAGUGGCAGGCUUGA